AAUUCAUUCAGCACCCUGGAUAUUUUGGGGAAAGGCUUUAAAAUCGCUGCAUAGCUGCAGAUUGACUGCUUCAAGUGUAUUUAAUACAGACAGGUGCCAGGCGGCAGGUAUCCACUUCUGUGCAAACAUGAAUAUAACAGAAGAGCGCAGCGGGCGAAUUUGUGGGAGAAGAUUAUGCUGAGAAUAUCUUCAUUCUGUGGAGUUGUGGAACAUAAUCCAAUCCAUUUGGGGAAAACGAAAAUAAAAAUGAGACUAGUUCUGUAUUAUCUGAUACUCUUGGGGUCCAGUUAUGUCACUUCAACUUAUGGGCCCCAUCAAAGAGCACAGAUGACCGGUGACAUUUUACUGGGAGGUCUUUUCCCAAUACACUUUGGUGUUUCAUCCAAAGACCAAGACCUUGCAGCCCGACCAGAAUCCACACAAUGUGUCAGGUUCAAUUUCCGUGGUUUCCGUUGGCUCCAGGCCAUGAUUUUUGCAAUCGAUGAGAUCAACAACAGCAGCACUCUCCUGCCCAACAUCACUCUGGGCUACAGGAUAUUUGACACAUGCAACACAGUGUCAAAAGCCCUGGAAGCUACCCUUAGUUUUGUGGCCCAAAAUAAGAUUGACUCCUUAAAUUUAGACGAAUUUUGUAACUGCACUAAUCACAUCCCAUCAACUAUUGCAGUAGUAGGAGCAGCUGGAUCUGCAGUCUCCACAGCAGUUGCAAACUUACUGGGUCUUUUUUACAUUCCUCAGAUCAGCUAUGCCUCCUCUAGUCGUUUGCUGAGCAACAAGAAUCAGUACAAGUCCUUCAUGAGAACCAUUCCUACAGACGAGUACCAGGCCACAGCCAUGGCAGACAUCAUUGAGUACUUCCAGUGGAACUGGGUCAUCGCUGUGGCCUCGGACGAUGACUAUGGACGCCCAGGGAUCGAAAAGUUUGAGAAGGAAAUGGAAGAGCGAGACAUCUGCAUUCACCUAAAUGAACUUAUCUCUCAAUACUUUGAGGACCAUGAAAUCCAAGCUCUGGCAGAUAGGAUUGAAAACUCGUCAGCCAAAGUGAUUGUUGUGUUCGCCAGCGGCCCAGAUAUUGAGCCUUUAAUCAAAGAGAUGGUCAGGAGAAACAUCACAGAUCGCAUUUGGUUGGCCAGCGAAGCAUGGGCCAGCUCCUCCCUCAUUGCUAAACCAGAAUAUCUAGAUGUUGUUGCAGGGACUAUUGGCUUUGCCCUAAAGGCAGGGCCUAUACCUGGCUUUAGGGAGUUUUUACAACGAGUUCAACCACAGAAAGACAGUCACAACGAAUUUGUCAGGGAGUUUUGGGAGGAAACCUUCAACUGUUAUCUGAAAGACAGUCCAAGACUGCAAGAAAGUGACAGCACUAGUUUCAGGCCUUUGUGUACAGGUGAGGAAGACAUCACAAGUGUUGAAACCCCGUACCUGGACAACACACACCUCCGAAUCUCCUAUAAUGUGUAUGUUGCAGUGUAUUCCAUUGCACAGGCCCUGCAGGACAUACUCACCUGCACACCUGGUCAUGGACUUUUUGCCAACAAUUCCUGUGCAGAUAUAAAGAAAAUGGAAGCAUGGCAGGUCCUGAAGCAGCUCAGACAUUUGAACUACACCAACAGUAUGGGGGAAAAGAUCCACUUUGAAGAGAAUGCCGACCUGGCAGCAAAUUACACUAUAAUAAACUGGCACAGGUCUGCUGAAGAUGGCUCCGUGGUAUUUGAGGAGGUUGGAUACUACAACAUGCACGCUAAGAGAGGAGCCAAACGGUUUAUUGACAAGACAAAGAUUCUAUGGAAUGGAUACAGUUCAGAGGUGCCAUUCUCUAACUGCAGCGAGGACUGUGAACCUGGCACAAGAAAGGGCAUCAUCGAUAGUAUGCCCACUUGCUGCUUUGAAUGCACUGAGUGUUCAGAUGGAGAGUACAGUAAUCACAAAGAUGCCAGCGUUUGUACCAAGUGUCCAAAUAACUCCUGGUCCAAUGGGAACCACACUUUCUGCUUCCUGAAGGAAAUUGAGUUUCUCUCCUGGACAGAACCUUUCGGAAUAGCUUUGGCCAUAUGUGCAGCACUGGGAGUGGCCUUGACAGGCUUUGUGAUGGCAGUGUUUGUCAGAUUUCGCAACACCCCAAUAGUGAAGGCCACAAAUCGAGAACUGUCCUACGUGCUCCUGUUCUCGCUUCUCUGUUGCUUCUCCAGCUCGCUCAUCUUCAUUGGAGAGCCACAGGAUUGGAUGUGCCGCUUACGUCAGCCUGCCUUUGGGAUCAGUUUUGUUCUCUGUAUCUCUUGCAUCCUUGUGAAAACCAACAGGGUUCUUUUGGUGUUUGAAGCUAAAAUCCCUACAAGUCUUCACCGUAAAUGGUGGGGGCUCAACCUACAGUUUCUGCUGGUGUUUCUGUGCACAUUUGUCCAAGUCAUGAUAUGUGUGGUCUGGCUUUACAAUGCCCCUCCUUCCAGUUACAGGAAUUAUGACAUUGAUGAGAUCAUUUUUAUCACCUGCAACGAGGGCUCUGUGAUGGCUCUUGGGUUUCUCAUUGGCUAUACAUGUCUCCUGGCAGCCAUAUGUUUCUUCUUUGCAUUUAAAUCCCGUAAACUUCCAGAAAACUUUACAGAGGCUAAGUUUAUCACUUUCAGUAUGCUUAUAUUCUUCAUUGUUUGGAUCUCUUUUAUCCCCGCUUACUUUAGUACAUAUGGUAAGUUUGUGUCAGCUGUGGAGGUCAUUGCUAUAAUGGCAUCCAGUUUUGGGAUGCUGGCCUGUAUCUUCUUCAACAAGGUCUACAUAAUCCUUUUCAAACCAUCCCGGAACACCAUUGAGGAGGUCAGAUGCAGCACGGCAGCCCACGCUUUCAAAGUGGCCGCCAAAGCGACACUAAAGCAUAGCACAGCUUCAAGAAAAAGGUCCAGCGGAUCUUCUGCCUCGACUCCGUCCUCGUCCAUCAGCCUGAAGACCAACGGCAAUGACCCGACUUCAGCAAAGCAUCAGCCACGGGUGAGCUUUGGCAGUGGAACUGUUACUCUGUCCUUGAGCUUUGAGGAGUCAAGGAGGAGUUCUCUGAUGUGAUAGCAUGUGUGCGUGUGAAUGUGUCAAAUUUCAUCUGUGCCAUUAAUAGGGUGUGUUUUUUCUUUUUCUUUUUUUUACAUGUAAACCUUUUAAUCUUUCCAUCUUCUUAACAUUUUGUCAGAAACAUGUUUCUCUCGAGGAAAAAAUCACUCCAACUAGCCUACUGUACUAUACCUGAAUCCUGUGACUCGUUGAUGUAUACUAAGCCUGCUAAUAAUAAUAAAACAUUUU